AUGUCUAGUACCGAAGCUGUGAACAACAACAUGGAUGAUCAACUUCAUGUCAUCAUGUUCCCAUUCCUAGCAUUUGGUCACAUAAGUCCUUUUGUUCAAUUAUCCAACAAGCUUUUCUCCAAUGGAGUUCGCAUCACUUUCUUGUCAGCAUCAUCCAACAUUGACAAAAUCAAAACUACAUUUAAUCUCAACCCAUCCAUCAACAUUAUCCCACUUGAGUUUCCCAAUGGCAUAACCAACACUGCUGAAUUGCCACCUCACUUAGCUGGAAACCUCAUUCAUGCUCUUGACCUCACUCAACCUCAGAUCAAGUCCCUUUUAUUAGAACUCAAACCUCAUUAUGUUUUCUUUGACUUUGCACAAAACUGGCUUCCAAAACUAGCUUCUGAACUUGGUGUUAAAUCUGUUGAUUUUUCUGUUUUCUCUGCUAUUUCUAGUUCUUACGUUACUGUGCCUUCAAGACUUGAUGAUAUUGAAGGAAGAAGCAUCAGUUUUGAGGAUCUUAAAAAACCUCCAAAAGGGUUUCCACAAAAAAACAAUAACUCCCUCAAGAGCUAUGAGGCCAUGGACUUUAUGUUUUUGUUUAGAAAAUUUGGUGAAGGUUUAACUGGCUAUGAACGAGCUAAACAGAGUCUUAGUGAAUGUUCAUAUUUUGUUUUCAAAUCAUGCAAGGAAAUAGAAGGACCUUAUAUAGAGUACUUAGAGAAAGAGUUUGGUAAACAAGUUCUGUUAGCCGGUCCAUUGGUUCCAGAGGCAUCAAAUGAUGUGUUGGAGGAAAAAUGGUCGAAAUGGUUGGAUAAUUUUCCAGCAAAAUCAGUGAUAUUUUGCUCAUUUGGGAGUGAGACAUUUCUGAGUGAUGAACAAAUCAAUGAACUAUCAUCUGGGUUGGAACUCACUGGUUUACCAUUCAUUUUGGUUUUGAAUUUUCCAUCCAAAUGUGCAGAAACUGAGCUGGAAAGAGCAUUGCCAGAAGGGUUUUUGGAAAGAGUGAAAGGUAGAGGUAUGGUGCACAGUGGCUGGUUGCAGCAACAGCUUAUUCUGAAACACAAUAGUGUUGGAUGCUAUGUUUGUCAUGGUGGUUUUAGUUCUGUGAUUGAAGCUAUGGUGAAUGAUUGUCAACUUGUGCUGUUACCUUCUAAGGGUGAUCAGUUUUUCAAUUCAAAGUUGGUUGCUAAUGAUAUGGAGGCAGGGAUUGAGGUGAAUAGAAGGGAAGAAGAUGGAUAUUUUUAUAAAGAGGAUAUAGUGAAAGCAGUGAAGAUUAUAAUGGUGGAUGAUGAGAAAGAACCUGGGAAGAGCAUAAGAGAAAAUCACACCAAAUGGAGGAAUUUUAUGUUAAAUAAAGAAACUCAGAAUAAAUUUAUCAUUGAUUUGGUUGCCCAGUUGAAGUCUCUGGCUUAG